AAUAAUCUGUGAAAAGAAAGAAACACCAUUUUUAUUAGCUAAGAUUGAAAGAUGACACAAGUUGUUAAGCCACAUGAACCAAAGACACAGGCGUUUACCCUUUUGAGUGGUCAUUCCAUACCAGCUGUUGGAUUGGGGACAUGGAAGUCUGGUUCAGAGGCAGUCAAUUCUGUGUUCACUGCCAUUGUUGAUGCUGGUUACAGACACAUAGACACUGCUUCGCAGUAUGGAGUUCAAAAAGAAGUUGGAGAAGCACUCCAAGCAGCCAUGAAAUCAGGAGUGGAAAGGAAGGAUCUAUUUGUCACCUCCAAACUAUGGUGCACUGACUUGACCCCUGAAAGGGUUAGACCUGCUCUGAACAAUACCCUUCAAGAACUCCAACUUGACUACCUUGAUCUUUACUUGAUUCAUUGGCCAUUUCGACUAAAAGAUGGGGCCAGCAGACCCCCAGGACCAGGAGAUGUUUUAGAGUUUGACAUGGAAGGGGUGUGGAGAGAAAUGGAGAAGCUUGUGGAGGAAAAGCUUGUGAGAGACAUUGGAAUCUGCAAUUUCACUCUGGCAAAGCUUGAAAAGCUGCUGAGCAUUGCUCAAAUAAUGCCUUCUGUCUGCCAGAUGGAAAUGAAUCCUGGAUGGAGAAAUGAUAAGAUGCUUGCAGCUUGCAAGAAGAAUUACAUCCAUGUCACUGCUUACUCUCCACUGGGCUCAUCAGACAGUGGGAGGAAUCUGACCAAAGAUCAAAGGGUUGAUAGGAUAGCCAACAAGUCUCACAAGAAUCCAGGGCAGGUGCUGGUGAAGUGGGCCAUUCAGAGAGGGACAAGUGUCAUCCCCAAAUCAGUUAAGCCAGAUAGGAUAAUGCAGAAUGUCAGUGUCUUCAAUUGGGAACUUCCAGAAAAAGAUUUUAAGACCCUUAGCAGCAUGCAGGAGCAGAGAAGAGUUCUGGACGGUGAAGAGCUCUUUGUGAACAAGAGCGAUGGUCCAUUAAAGAGUACAGCGGAUAUUUGGGACCAUGAAGAUUAGUCCACAUUUGCACCAACCCACUUUGUUUGUUUCUCUCUUUUCCAAGGCACUUUGUAGAAUUAGAUUUAACGUAAUGUGAUACUUGUUCUUAUAAAGGGUAAGGGUUCAGGUCAUUCACAUUGAUAUUAGGUGCACACCCUCUAUAUGCAGACUUUUUAUCUGUGAUAUACUAUAAUUACUUCACUAGUACUUUAUAAAGAUUAACAUCAACUAUGAUUCUGAUCAUAUAAAUAAAGUUAGGAGUAGUCAGUGUUUGGGAAGCUUGAGAAUUAUUGGUAAGGAAUUACUGAGGCCAAGGAAUUUUCAAUUAUUCUGUAUGUUUUUCUAACCUUAAUUACAAAAAUCCUUAGGAUUUUACUAUGUAAUUUGCCUUUUCCCAAGGGAAAUGUGUUUCUGUAGCAUUUUUUCUUAGGUGAUCUGUAUUCAGUAAAGGAUGAUGUCAAUUUAUAUUCAGAGUUAACUUGCUUUUGUAUGUGUUUGAUCCACUGAAAGGUUUCUUCAGCGUCUAAAAUCAUUGUUACUGGACAAAAUUUAUAAGCAAAAAUCUAAAUUUCCAAGACUUUGGUGAAACCACUGCAACCAACAAAGACGGUCACUGAUGCACUAACCAAGGUCAAUAAACACUCCCUAUUCAAUGCAAGCAAUGAAGCCAGGGUGUUCCCAUGGUUCAUUAUUAUAUCUUUAAAAGUAGGGGGCACUUGUCCAAUUGUUCCUAGUGGCAGAGAAUUUGAAGUAGAACAAAAGUAGUAAUAAAUGCAGAGUUUGAAGUUAUGAUUCUGAAGAGUGACAGAUUGUAGAUAAGAGAGGAAUGCUUAAGGUCAGGCUUGCUCCGGAUGGUCAAAGGGCAAUAAUUUAAACUCUUUAGUGGGCAUGAUAUACUAAAGGAAUCAACAUACAUUAAUUUACAUAGCAAAUAAAUAAAUAAAUGAGGUCCCUCAGUUUUUUCUUUAACUCUUGAUACCAAAAAAUUGUCAUGGAACAUUCUGCAGACCAUUUUGCAGAUAUUAAGAGCGUUGACAGUAUAUGGAACCUAGACAACUUCCAUUUGAGUUCAUGCGUUAGAAGUCACUCUUCACAAUGCAAAUUCAAUUUAUAAAGUGCACAAGACAAAUGUUUCCAUUGGUGACAGUCAUAAUGGUAUGUAAUUACUAGAUGGUCACCCUGACAAUGUUUUGAGAAGGCACAAGCAUUACAUCUUGAGGCCCUUCAUUAGUGAGAUUCAACGUGGUGAAUAGUACUUGGACGAUUGCCGUUUACUCAUAGCCCUAGCAAGGCGUGGAAGUUUUGACAAAGAGUUGGCUCUGGAAAACCCUCCAAGAGCUUUCCAUUCUUCAUCUAUUUCCAACCCAACCUUGCCAUCCACUGUGUUGUUCAUUCAGAAAGAAACAUAUGGCAGCACAAUCAUCAACCUUGGAACCAGGAUACUUGUAUCUCCAAGCUUUUACAGCACGCUUUACUAACAACUUGGCUGCGAUAGACCUCCUUGGUGCUGAAGCAACUAUGCUUACUACUUCAUGGUUAGUGAGCACAUCCCAUAUCUGUGUAGAAAACAGAAAAUAUAAAAUUUUGGUCAUUCCAAAUGGAUGUUUGUAAAAGUAAUUCAUUGCUUCCAUGAUUUGACUAAAUACUAGCAUAGUUUAAACUAUUAUUUAGGCCCUAUAAUUGUCCACAUUUCAAGGUUUAGUCUCUUUAUGAGGAAACCAAAAGUUGUAGUUC